AUGCUUCCUCAGCACGGCUUACGCCUGGCCGAGAAGGACAGCGAUCUUGGCGUUGAUGGCCUCGUUGGCGGCCUUGCUCUCCUCGAGCUUGUCCUUGAGCACGAUGACCUCCUCCUUGGCGGCCGUGUUCGAGGUGCGGAGCUCCUCGUUGACGCGGCGAAGCUUGCGGCGCUCCGACUCGGCCUGGGCAACCUCGGACGCCUGAACGUCGAGCUCGUCACGGAGCAUGGCAACGCGGGCGAGCGCCUUGGACGCCCGCGACUCGGCACGGGUGACGGCCUUGCCAGCCUCGGCCGCAUCGGCCUUGGCCUUGCGCAGCUCCUUGGUGGCCGAACGGAGCUGCUUCUGCAGGUCGACCUUGGACGCGGUCUCCUUGGAGAGCCGGGCCUGGAUCUCGGCGAUCUUGGACUCGAGCCGCUUGCGGACGCGCUCGAUGGACGACGCGCCACGCCCGUCGGAGCGGGCGAGCCGCGCCUGGAGGUCCUUAAGCUCGCGCUCCUUGGCGAUGUUGUCCUUCUCCAGCCGCAUGUUGGUGUCGUCGGUCCGGAUGAGUUCGGCCUCGAGCUCGUCGAUCUGCUUGUUGAGCGACAUCUGGACCUCCUUCUCGCGAAGAUCCUCAACCUCAGUCUCGAGGUCACGGCAGGUGGCGUUGAGCGCCGCGAAUGCGGCCCGCUCCUCCUCGAGCUCGAGAACAACAGACUGCAGCCGGUCCUCCACGGCCUUGCGCUUCGACCGGACCGACUCGAGCUGCUUGACCGCGUCGGCAAGGUCCUCCUGCGCCUCGCGCGCCGCCAUCUCGGCCCGCUUGCCGGCAAUGUCGCUCUCGGCGCGGAGACGGGUCUCCUGCUCGAGCUUGGUCGACGCCACCGUGAGCUCCGUCGAGAGCUUGUUGACGACCUUGUCGUGCUCGGCUUGCUUCCGCUGCAGCGCCGCGAGCUCGUCGGCCAUGUCCUCCUUCUCGUUCGCCAGCCGCCGGCUCGUCUUCUCGAGCUCGAACUUCUGCCGCUCCUCCGUCGCCGCCUUCUCCGACAGCACCUUGACGUCCUUGAGCAGCUGCCGGCGCGACUCCUCGAGCGCCUCGGCCUGCUCCUCAAUCUGCGUCUCGUAACGCUCCUUGAGGUUGGCGAGCUGGUCGAGUGUCUCGAUCUUCUCGUGCUCCCACUCCUCGCGGAGCGCCUCCUCCUGUGCAAGGCGGUCGCGGACCUCCUCGAGCUCGGUGUUGACAAAGUUGAGCUGCUCGGCAGCCUCCUCGGCCGCCGCAAUCGCGUCGUCGUAGUCGUCCUUCAUCGCCUCGAUCUCGGCCUCGGCAGACUUGGCGGCCGCGUCGAGCGACGAGACCUGCGAAAGGAGCUCCUCGUGCUUGGCGAGCGCCUCGGCCUGCGCCGCGCGCAGAGCCGCAAUCUCAUCCUUGGAGCUCUCCACGAAGCUCUCGGCCGUCGCCAGCCGGUGCGCCAGGUCCUUGUUCUCCGACAUGAGCCCGCGGUUGGACUUUUCAAACUCGGUCCGGCUCUUAACUUCGUCGUCGAGGCGGGCGACGGCGGCAGCAGCCUCACGCUGAGCCCGCUGCAGCUGCUUCUCCAUCGACGCGUUCUCGCGCUCGGCGUCGUCAAGCAGCUCCUUGAGAGCCUCGCGCUUGGCACGGCUCUCGCGCUUGGCGUUCUCGAGUGCCUCGAUUUCCACAGCCGCAUCUGCCGCAGCCUGCUUCUUGACCUCGGCAAUCUCCAGAAUGUGCUGUCGCUUGAGCUCAUCGGUUGCCUCCGAGCUCACGCCCGAAGACGCGGACUCGAGCUGCGACUCAAGCUGCUGGACCUUGAGCUCGAGCUCGCGCCGCUUGUUCGCCUGAGCCGUCUUGGCCCGGACCGCAACCUCGUGCGCGUCGCGCAGGUCCUCAACCUGCGCCGUGAGCUCGUUGUUCGACGCCGUCAGCGCGCUCAUGUUCCGCUGCAGGACUUCGAGACGCGCCUUGGUAUCGGCGAGCUGCGUCCGCGCAACCUGGAGCUCACGCUUCGACGCCUCGGUCUCCUUCUUCGACUUGAGGAGCUUGGCGUUGACCUUGGAAGCCUCAGCCUUGUGCUUCUUGGCAAGCUUGCUCGCCUGCCGUGCCUUGGUCUGCUCCUCGGCCACCGCAGCCUUGACCUCCAUCUUGGCGCGGGUGCCCGAGCCGGCGACGCCGGACGCGCCACCGCGGCCGGCCUUGCGCUCGAGCUCGAUGACCUUGAGAUCAAGCUCCGCGAUACGCGCCUGAAGCGAACGCUUCUCCUCCUCGAGCUUGGUCACCCGGGUGUUGUCGGCGUUCUCGAGCGAGUUGCGGUACUCCUGGAGCUGCGCGUACUGCUCACGACGGAGGUCCUCGACCUUCUGCCGCUCCUCGAUAGCGUCCUCGAGCUCCUCCUUGAGCUGCUGCACCUCCUCAGCGAGAAGCUUCUUCGACCGCUCCACAUGCUGGGUGAGCAGCUGCUGCUCCGACACGUCCUCCUGCAGCUCGCGGAUGGUGACCUUGAGCUCCUUGCGUGCCCGGACAUCGGCGUCACGCCGCGACUGCAGCUCCGCCAUCUGUGCCGCAACCUCCGCCUGUGCCGCAUCCAUCUUCUUGCACCGCAGCUCGGCCUGGAGCGCUGA